AUGCUUUUACUACAAUCACUAUUACAGGAUGCUUUCAUCAUAACACCACCAUCUGGUAAUACUUUUACACCAUUACUGCCUUAUUAUACUCCUACAACCUCAUUUUGUAAUGCAUUACAAUCACUAUUACAGAAUGCUUUUACUACAAUACUACUACCUAAUAAUGCUUUUACAGCACUACCAUCUUAUUAUACUUUCAUAACACUACUUUGUAAUGCAUCACAACUACUAUUACAGAAUGCUUUUACUACAAUGUUAUUAUCUGCAUUAUUAUUUCAUUAUACUCUUAUAAUGCUAUCUUGUAAUGUGUCACAACCACUAUUACAAAAUGCUUCCAUCACAACACCACCAUCUGAUAAUGCUUUUACAGCACUACUACUUUAUUAUACUUUCACAAUAUUAUCUUAUAAUAUAUUAAAAGAUAAAACUGAAACUAAAACAUUAUUUGAAUAUGGCAUAAUUGAUUUCAAUGAUAGCAUUAUUUUAGAAGCUUUAGAACAAUUAGUAAUAUUGCAUUUUAAGACAAAGAUACAAGAAUAUAAAUCUAAAAAAGCUUUAUUCACAGAAGUUAUAAGAGUUUUAAAAACAUUUAAUGUUGUAAGUAAUUAA